CCUUUCUUGGCCUGUCCUGGCUGGGGCGGGCUCUCCCAGUCUCUCCCACAGGUCAGGAGGGAACAGGGAGGCUAAACCCCCGACAUCUGGCGCCCCACGCGGGGGUGAGAGUAUCGAGCCAAGCCAGAAAUCGAGAAGAAGGGCAGCAGAAGAGACUAGGAACAGCCAGUGAAAUCAUAUGAGCACUAAGGAAUGGCAUCCCUAAGGACAAAGGAGUAGAGCCUCACUGGUGAAGGUCUACCUGAGAUGCAGGACAAGUGGCAUUGCCCUAGCCAGGUGAAGAUCUCUGAAGACCAUGACCAAGAAAAGAGCCUCCGGGCUCUCUUCUAUCAAGUGCUGUCUGGAUGAGGACUUGGAACCUGUUUGCUUUGAAAGGACUGAUGACAUUGGUGGGCUCUGGAGGUAUCAGGAAAAUCCUGAAGAAGGAAGAGCCAGUAUCUACAAAUCAGUGAUCAUCAACACUUCUAAGGAGAUGAUGUGCUUCAGUGACUACCCCGUCCCGGAUCAUUACCCUAACUCCAUGCACAAUUCCCAGAUCCUAGAGUACUUCAGGAUGUAUGCCAAGGACUUCAACCUUUUAAAGUAUAUCCAGUUCAAGACCACUGUGUGCAGUGUGAAGAAGCGGCCUGAUUUUUCCACUUCAGGACAGUGGGAGGUAGUCACCGAGUGUGAAGGAAGAAAGGAGGUUGAUGUCUUUGAUGGAGUCAUGGUCUGCACUGGCCAUCACACUAACGCUCACUUGCCCCUGGAAAGCUUUCCAGGAAUUGAGAAGUUCAAAGGACAGUAUUUCCACAGUCGAGACUAUAAAAACCCCGAGGCAUUUGCUGGAAAAAGAGUCAUCAUAAUUGGCAUUGGGAAUUCCGGAGGGGAUCUGGCUGUAGAGAUUAGCCACACAGCCAAGCAGCUGUUCCUCAGCACCAGGAGAGGCGCGUGGAUCCUGAAUCGCGUAGCGGACCAUGGAUAUCCUUUUGAUGUGGCACACCUUUCUCGACUUCAGCAUCGUUUAUCAAAGAUAUGCGGUCAAGCAUUCACAAAUGCAUAUUUGGAAAAACGUCUGAAUCAAAGAUUUGAUCAUGAAAUGUUUGGCCUGAAGCCUAAACACAGGGCUAAAGAAAUUGCCCUCACAAAGUGAAAUGAUGGCAGAUAUAUCUAAGACUCAAGAGGAAAUGGCAAAAAGGUACGUGGAAAGCCAACGCCAGACCAUUCAGGGAGACUACAUUGACAGCAUGGAAGAGAUGGCUGACCUGGUGGGAGUCAGGCCCAGUCUGCUGUCUCUGGCCUUCAGUGACCCCAAGCUAGCAUCACAGUUA